AUGUGUGGUAGAAGAGGAGGCGCUAUAGGUGGCAGAAGGUGAGCAAGGCCGGCGAGCGCUUCAACCGCAAUUCAUUUCCUUUCCCCUUUCAAAAUAACCCUUCUUCGCUUCUCUCUCUUUCUCUCUUUCUCUCUGUUCCUGCAAUUCGGGAUCUCUCCACGCUGCAUUUUCCAUUUCCCCUUUUCAAGAAUUCAGAUCCUCCGUUCUCUUGAUUCCAAACUCUUUCAUGGAAUACUGUUGAUUUUCUCGCUUUCUUCUUCUUUCUCUUCCGUUCUGUUCUGUUCUGUUCUGUUCUGUUCUGUUUGGUCUCAUGAACAAUCGAUUCUGAGCAACCAACCCACUGUAGUUUUCGGGUUACAGAUCUGGUGCUUCGAGAUGAGUGCGUCCAGGUUUAUAAAGUGCGUUACGGUGGGCGAUGGUGCUGUGGGUAAAACCUGUAUGUUGAUUUCUUAUACGAGUAACACCUUUCCCACGGACUACGUGCCCACCGUUUUUGACAAUUUCAGUGCCAAUGUGGUGGUUGAUGGAAACACUGUCAACUUAGGAUUAUGGGAUACUGCUGGUCAAGAGGAUUACAAUAGAUUAAGACCACUGAGUUAUCGAGGUGCUGAUGUUUUUAUUCUUGCUUUCUCUCUCAUAAGCAAGGCCAGCUAUGAAAAUGUUGCUAAGAAGUGGAUUCCUGAGUUGAGACAUUAUGCACCUGGUGUUCCAAUAGUUCUUGUUGGAACUAAACUUGAUCUUCGGGAUGACAAGCAAUUCUUUGUAGACCACCCGGGUGCGGUGCCAAUUUCUACUGUUCAGGGAGAGGAGUUGACAAAAACAAUUGGAGCCCCGGCAUACAUCGAAUGUAGUUCAAAAACUCAGCAGAAUGUGAAAGCAGUGUUUGAUGCAGCCAUUAAAGUGGUGCUCCAGCCGCCCAAGUCAAAGAAGAAGAAGAAGAAGUCACAGAGUGUCUGUUCCAUCUUAUGAUCGAAGAAGAAGAAGAACCGAACCGAACCGACGACACUUCAUAAUGUACUCGCCUUUUUCUCAGCAUAUCUUUAAUCCAUGUCAUUCCAAGGAAGCAGCGGCGGCGAAUGAUGGAUCGUAUCGUACGUAUCGUAUACGGCCCCAGGCUGACAUUCCAAGAUGCAAAUACAACAUAUUUUGCAAUCUGUUUGUUAGUAAUGACCAACAUUGCUAACCCCAAUUUGUCUGUUUGAAUUGUUCAUGUAUUCAUGAGAUACCUAAAAGAACUGCUCCCUGGGCAUGAACAUGCUUUGGUACUUAGUAACAUAUAUUCUCUAAUUCCAUUCACAUCCUCAUAUUUAUGACUUCA